CAUUCGAUCGAGUCAAAAUAGAUUGGACGUCUAGCGCCGUCAAAAGUAGCCAAUGAGAUUCCAUUACUGUAUUACGUAUGUGUCCAGCACAGCUAUACCUAAUUGUAAUUGUGUCUUAUAUGCAUUAAUUGGCAAAUUCAAGUUGGCUGCGCACUCCUCACAUCCACCAUGAGUUUGGGCCAACCCAUUCACCAAUUCCUCUUUGAAGAACAACACUUGAGUGAGCAGUCUGAAAAGUUAAAAGAAGUGAGAACAGCCAUAACCAAAUGCAAAACUCAGUUGAAAGUUCUAACGGAAAACUACCAGAUGACCACUCAAGAACUUGAAAUGAAGGACCAGCAGCUGUCUGCAGUAGAACUUCAGCUGAACUUAAUGAAAAAAUGUAAGGAGCAGAUAUCCAAGCGAACCGAAGAGCUCCUCGGCGAUAAGACUGACCUUCAACGACAGCUGGCUGAGAUGAAAACUGCGUUUAAAGACGAGGAGCGAGAGUUCUCGCGGGAGAUCUCCAGCUUCAACAGUGAAUUCAGUCUCUGCCCUGGGACAUGCAGUCCAACGCACAGGGAGGUCCUCAACCUGAUCACAGAGGCGGACUCCUUGCGCAAAGAAAUGGAGGAAAUGAUCCAAGACAACCUCUACAUGAGUGGUUUGCUGACACAGAAGAAAAGUCUCCAUCUUGAGUUGCAGGCCCUCAAAAGCAUCCACGCAGAUGUUCAGCGCCAGCUGAACGAGGCCAAGGAAACGACAGCGGCAUUGCAGGCCGAAAGUCACGCUGCCCAUCAGAAACCUUUCACCGACAGCGACGUCAUAAGGCUUAAGAAAGAGCUGGAGAAGUACGAAGAUAGAGACAUGGAGCUUCUGCUGGAGACCCUCAAGAUGGAAGUACAAUACCUCCAGGGUAAAGUGGACAGCCUCUCGGGUGGAGAGCAGCAUUAGAAGCGGCGCAUUGUUGCUGUGGAUUAAGAGGCAAGUCGACAUGUUCAUGCGGGAAUACUCAAUGACAAACCCAAACACUUUAAUCCUACAUGUACAUUGUUACUUAGGUGGGAUGAAAUAAGUUGUAUUCCUAUGCACAAACUAGUUUUGAAACUUUAUGAUGGCCCUCAGUUUAGGCAAGAUAAUUCACAGUUCUGAGCCAUAUUCCUCCUUUUUCCCAUUAAAGACAACAAAAGCGUACCAUCUGUUGGUAAAUAAUCCCAAGUUAUGAUUUUUGCACCGAAAACAACAUUUAAAACUCAGGUAGUCAUGAACUCAUUGGCUACCAUUGACGGCUAUAGAUGUUCAAUCCAUUUGAACUGGGAUGGGUGGCAGCAGGUGAAUGUUAGCUGCCAAGCCUUUCAGGUCAAAUAGAUUGGACGUCUAUCAUGAAUGGCACUGAACGAGUUAAUGUAAUUCAAAAUGAUCUGAAAAAUGUCAAAUUGGAAUGUCUUUAUGUUAAUCCUGUCAAUUUUGUGUGGUGCUCUGCUGUCCUCUAGUGUGCAGUCUGUGUAAUUCCAUUUCAUUUUCAAAGACUGAGUAGAGAUUGCAGGCAUCUAAAUUCUAAGGGGAUUCUUCCUCAAAUUUGAUUAAGGCCAUUUUUACCAAGUGUC